UAACUUCGGUUUGUACGUUCAGAGAUGGUGAACGCAAUUUAAUAGGAUGGGUCAUGUAAUACCAAAUCGAGCUUUCUUAACUCAGAAAAUGACUUAAACCCUACGAACGCAGGAUGGAAGAGCACCUCGUCCCUGUGUCAAGUUUUCUGCAAAUUUGGCGGAAAGCUCUGUGCUUUGUUUGUUGUGUUAUACACAGCGAUGGUGGACAGCAGAUUACAAUCUGAAGAGAAACGCAAAAAGAAGAAAAGAAAGCUAAGAGAAUAUGAAGAGAAGGAAAGAGACAGAAAGACUUCGCAUAUCGAUCUUCCGGAGGAGAAAGAAGCAGAAGUAGAAGGAGAAGGAGAAGAAGAGGAAGAGAAACAAGAACAUGGAGAAACGAACCAGAAGUUUCAAGGAGGACCUUGGAAAAAUCUAGAUGUGAUUUUAUCUAUCCAGAGCAAAGAAUAUGAUCUUCAAAGGAAAAUAGAAUUCGGGUUCCAUUUUGUUAAUUCAAGAGUCAGUAAAGAGGGAGAUGACACGAAUGAAGCUGCUGAAACGGUGAGAGUGUAUCGCUUAGUUAUAUUCCUCAAUGAUUGGAUUCAGUCGUUGUUGAUUUCUUCAGACAAGAGAAUCAUUGUUGAAGGAAAGAAGCCGCCUUCUGGGGUCAUGGAGGCUUGUCUAGACUUUAGAUGCUGGGUCAUUUUUAAAUUCUGCCUGGAGGAAUCUACUAACCAGAAAGUGUCUUUGAGCUUAUCUCCAAAUCUUUUGCGAGCAGUGUCUUGCAUUAUAAAGAAUGCAUUAUCAACAGUGGAUAGUGUGCUGCAGCAUGGGGAAGAGCUGGUUCUUAGCGGAGAAGAGUUUGAACUCUACACUGUUGUGGCAGAUUGUGUUACCUUGCUGUUCUCUUCUCGUGGUAGGGUGUUUAAUGCCAAUGUGGACUUGUGGGCUUCGAUGGUUACUUUGGUUCUUGAGCUUGUCCACAAGAUCUUCUCUUAUAAAUUAGCUUUUGGGAAUGCAGCCUCCCUUCUACUACGCUUGUCGUCUCUGUUGCUUGAGCCCUUCCCUAAUUUAUUGAGGGUUCACCCGAGUCCAAAAAAUGUUUUUCCUGUAAUCGUGGAUAGGCUUCUAGAGCCGCUACUGACUUUGUUGAACAUGUUGUAUCUUCAGACAAACAAAGCUAGUUCUGCAUUCACAGGAAGUUUAUUGAAGAUUGCUGAAGAUAUUUUGUUGAAUGGGCUAUUCCAUCCAGCCCAUGUUGAUGGUUUUCUAACCACACGUACUACAGAAAAGUACGUAGAGUGUCAUGAUAAGAAAGCAAAAGACACAAAAAUGCUUAUUAAAAGCUAUCACAGGCAUUUUUUUCAGAAACUAGAAAAAAUCAUGGGUGAGAAGGAGGAGUCAGUACUAGGUGGUGUUGGAGAGCUCUUUCGCUUGUUUGUCAUCAGAGUAAAGAAGCAAAGGCGAGCGUCAGUGCUGUCUGAGGGUACCAAGAAGAUGACAAAGACAAUGAUAGCGAAACGCAUAGAAGGUGUCCGUGCAAGUUCCGCAUCUAAUCUCUCUGCUAGGUACAAUGAUACAGAAUCAGAAAAGGCUUCUUUUUCAAGUAGGCUGGACAUGGAAACAUGUAAAACCCUAUUCGAUCUCUUUGCACAGUUUAUGGAAUAUUUUCUGCUUGAUCUUAAAAGGUAUUCUGAGAUUGAUCUAAAAAAAGAGCCGCCAUUGUUGGAUAUUCAUUGCAGUCUCAAAUGUACUAAUAAGGUAGUUUCCAGUCUUAUGCGGGAAAGAGUGUACGUACAGACUGAGGAUACGACUGAGGGAGCACAUAUUAACUUCUUGAAGUUGCUUUAUGAUACAAUUAUAUCAUUUUCUGCAAAAAUACAUAUACUCUGGUUGUCGGAAUUGAAGAGAGGUGAGGGAAGGCAUAAGGAGAUGCUGGCCUUAAUAGCCAAGGAGCUUAUUGUUGCUGUAUGCUUAUUCCUGGAAAUUGAAUACAAGGUUGUUGAUAAUGAUUUGGUAAGUUUGUGGCUUAUGAUGCUCUCAUUCUUGGCUAUUGAACAGUCUCAUAGUGAUACAGCAGGCGGCAAUGUGUUAACUUCAGAAAUUCUGCACCUUGGAUGUCUGUUGAUUAAUAUCUACAGUGAGCUGCGUCAGGUCAAUGUUCCCAUUUUUGCGCUGUCUAAGGCAGUGAGGAUUUUUGGAUUUUGUGAUGAUGAUGGUCAAAAUUUAAGAUUCGUGUCAGCACCUUCAUUGCCCUUUGAAGCAUGUAUAAGGUCAGUGGCAACGUUAUUAUGCUCACCAGAUUUUAGGCUUUCUAUUUCUAGUGCCAUCAAGUCCAUACCGGAAGGGCAAGCCAGUGGAUGCAUCCGGAUGUUGAAAGCAGAUAUUGUAUUAUCCUUAGAAUGGAUGAAAGUUACUUCUUUGAAGGAUUCUGCAGGAGAAUUUGGGAAAGCUAAUUUGCUAAGUAAUAGCGUUUCAGUUUUAAACUUGCGAGCUGAACUUUUUGGAAGGGCUUUGUCUGAAGUGUACACCAUUAUAUUAGAUUCUUCAACUGUUACUACAGGUAACAGUAUUCUUGUUGGAAGCUCUGUGAAGGACCUGAUGACUGAAAUAUGUCCCAACUUAGGUUUCCUGGUUGGAGAGCAGAAUGAGAGUGGCAAUGAGUUCCUCUUUUCUGUCACAGGAAGAAGGUUUUCUAAUCAUAAGAUGCCUGACUGUGAAAAUAAUUUAGCUACAACAGGGAUCAUCACUGCCUGGAUUUUAGUGUUCUUCUUUCGUUUGUAUGUUUCUUGCCGAAGCUUGUACCGGCAAUCAAUCAGCCUUAUGCCUCCAGAUUCUUCAAGAAAGGCAUCAGCAGCAAUGGAGGAUUUGUUUACAGCUUACUCGGGAAAGGAUUGGAUGGAGAAGACAGGCUGGGCUGAUGACGGUUAUUUUUCUUGGAUUGUCAAACCUUCAGCUUCUCUUCUGACCACUAUAGAAUCUGUUUCAAAAGUUUGUCUUAUGCCCAGUGUUGCUGAAUGUCCACCCCUUGUCUAUGUAUUGCAUACCAUGGCAUUCCAGAGGAUUGUGGAUUUAAAUAGGCAGAUUAAGGCUUCUGAAUUCUCACAGGAGAGGGUUUUAAGGUUGGCCCAACUGGAAAUGGAUGAUGACGGGUUACGUCUGUCUCGUAAAGAAAAGAAAAAGUGGAAAAGGAAAAUAUUGGUUCUUAAGAAAGAGGCAUCUGAUCUUACUAGCUUCAUGAUGGCAUACCUCCCUUUGAUUGCUAAACAGGAAACCUCAUUCUCUGUGGAUGCAACUUUUGAGGGAAAAGAUGCAUGUGAUGCUCAUGAAAAUGAAGCAUGGGAUUUCUGUGUAUCUUCUAUUAGUGAAAAGUCAUUGCCUACUGCACUUUGGUGGAGUCUUUGCCAGAACACUGAUAUUUGGUGUUCUCAUGCUUCUAAGAAGGAGCUGAAAAAGUUUUUAUCUGUCCUGCUCUAUAAUUACUUAUAUAGCAUGAGAAGCAGUUUUGGGGACGUUAAGAAGCAAAACGUGUAUGAAGGUCAUGAACCUGUGUAUCUGAGGAAAGUAGCUUUGCAUCAGAUCUCGUCGGAACUUCUCAAUGACACUGUUCUUUAUGAGGAAACAUUUCUCUGCAGGAAUUUAAGAUCAAGAUUCUGCCGUAUAUUGGAGGAGUCAAUAGCACCAAAAUUUUGGGAUUCUUUGUCCAAGGGUAUUAAUUUUAGUUCGUUACCUAAUUGGCCAGAGAUUUUGGGUUUGCUAGAAGAAACAUCAGUACUUGUUCUUAAAGGCACAGAUGUUGCACAUGGCGUGUCUAUAAUGGAAAGAAAGGAUUCUGUUCCAUCUAAUUUGCCAUCCAUGGGAAGCCUGAAGGGACCGAAAGCCUUACACUCUACUGGCAUGGGACUUGAAGCUUGUCAAACUUUGAUUAAUUUCCUAAGUUGGAUGCCAAAAACUUAUUCAAAUUCAAGAUCAUGCUUAAUUUACGCAACUUACAUUCUCAAUCUUGAAAGGCUUGUGGUUUUUGGCUUAUUAGAUUUUCAUGGUGAACUAGAUGCACUUAAUCACAGUGAGCUCCUCAGAUUAUUUGUAUCUUGCCGGAGGGCAUUGAAACAUUUAAUGAUGGCAUGCUCUGAGGAGAAUAUGGAAGUUGGACCAUCAUCAGUUAUUUCAGUGCUCUUUGAGAGUUCAGGUUCUCUUUUUUGGCUUGUAAGGUCUGUUUUUGCAGUCGUUGGGCUCUCAAUCAUGGUUUCAGAAGCAUGCGGUGGCCUAGUAAAAGAUAUGGUCUUCUCGCUGAUGGACCAUACGUCCUAUGUGUUUUUGAUGAUAACCAAAGAACAUUUUCACAUGGCAAUUGACUCCCUAAAUGAUGAAAAUCCUUGUCUAGAAUUCCUUGAGUCUGGUAUGCUCUGUAAUGAAGAUAACUUAGUUGACUCUGAUCCAAGAUUUGAUUCCUCUGGACAUGCUAGUGCCUGGAAAGGUGUGGUACUUAUGGCAGACAGUUUGAGGGAACAGACACAAAGCUUCCUUGAAUCUCUGAAGAAUACCCAUAGUAAUGCAAACUUUGGACCUGGUGUUGAUGUUGUGAAUUUGAAUAAGUUAUCCUCUAUGAUAUCUUGUUUUCAAGGUUUUCUUUGGGGUCUUGCAUCUGCCUUGAAUGAUGUAUGUGAGAAGUGUUCCACAGCAAAAGCAAAGUCAUUGAUAAGGAAACUUGUUCAUCUCCCUGAACUCAGCCCCUGUAUUUCUGUGGUUGAGGAUCUUAUACUUUUUUGCUUACAAGUACUGCUUUUUGAGAAUGGUCUUCCUAAAUUAAACAGCAAUAAUGGUUCACUGAGCUUCAAGGAGCCAUGUUGGUCUUUGGACAAAUAUUCUGGAGAUGAGGUAUUGAAUCCUGGCAAGCAGGAAGAGGACAUUGAAGGUGGAAAGCAUGAUUUGGCAUUAGAUAAUGACAAUUGUCAUGGAAGUGCUAUGAAUUCUGAAGUUAAUGGUGUUAAAAGUUUUAGUGUUCGGAAGAAAAGUUUGCUCUCUGAAAAUUCGGAAUGCACUAACAAUGAUAUGCUGACUUUGGUUGAUCCAUUUGAGCUGCAAAAUCUGAAGAAGGAUUUGAUGCAAAGUUUGUUAAAAGGUGAACAUCCUGAAGUGGCAUUUUCUGUCCGACAACUUUUUGUUGCAGCUUCUGCUAUUCUAGGACUCCAAUUGCGAAUUAAUUGCAGUCCCUUGUCAUCUACCUUGAUCCCUAUUUUUGUUGGAAUCUCACAGUUCUUGUUAAUGGAGUUCUCAAACAUGAUUGAGAUGCCACACUCAUUUUCUUUUAUUUGGUUAGACGGUGUUCUAAAAUAUCUUGAAGUUUUAGGGGGUCACUUUUCUUCAACCAAUCCGACAUCAUCUAGAAGUGCGUAUGCCCAGCUAAUAGAUAUACAUUUAAGGGCUAUAGGGAAAUGCAUUUCCUUACAGGGAAAAGGAGCUACUCUUCAAUCUCAAGAGAGAGAAUUGGGUAAAGAGACACUUCAAGGUCAAAUAGAAUCAUUUGAAUCUCCUUUCUGUCAUGAGCUCUACAGCUUGGGUGAGUUUAAAGCUAGGCUAAGGAUGUCAUUCACAGUUUUAAUCAGGGAACCACUGGAGCUGCAUUUAUUGUCAGCAGUACAAGCUAUAGAGAGAGCACUGGUAGGCGUGCGGGAAGGCUGCAAUAUUGCUUAUGAUAUAAAUGCGGGAAACCCAGAUGGGGGGAAAGUUUCUUCUGUUGUUGCUGCUGCGGUUGAUUCCUUGGAUUUGGUCCUGGAAUCUGUUUCAGGGCGGAAGCGCUUGAAUGUGGUUAAAAGACACAUCCAAAGUUUAAUUAGUGCCUUAUUCAACAUAGUAGUGCACUUGCAGAGUCCGCUAAUCUUCUGUGUGAAAUUAACCGGUGAUGAUCGAGAUACCGGUCCAGAUCCAGGAUCAGUCAUUCUUAUGUGUGUCCAGGUACUGACAAAAGUUGCUGGAAAACAUGCCCUGUUUCAGAUGGAUUCUGGUCAUGUGGGACAAGCUCUACAUGUACCAGCAAUGCUUUUUAAAGAUUUCUGUCAGCUGAGAGCUUCCCAUGCUACAUCCAAUUCUCAUUUCUUUGGUGAACAAGAAUCAAAACCUGUAGCAGGCAUGGAUUCCUAUGAUGUAGAUCAGAAGUUUUCAGUAGAGCUGUUUAGCACAUGCUGCAGAUUAUUGUGUACCAUAGUUAGGCAUCAUAAGAGUGAGACUGAACGAUGCAUUGCUCUGCUUGAAGAUUCAGUUUCUGCUCUCCUCCUUUGUUUGGAGACGGUGGAUACUGAUUUAAUGGUCAGAAAAGGUUAUUUUGCUUGGGAUGUACGACAGGGAGUAAAGUGUGCUAGCUUUCUCCGGAGGAUAUAUGAAGAGAUAAGGCAGCAGAAGAACAUCCUGGGGCGGUAUUGUUUUCAGUUUCUGUCUAGUUACAUAUGGAUCUAUUCAGGAUAUGGUCCUCAUAAGACAGGCCUCAAAAGGGAAAUAGAUGAGGCUCUGAGACCAGGGGUCUAUGCUUUAGUAGAUGCGUGCUCGUCAGAUGAUCUUCAACAGCUCCACACUGUAUUGGGAGAGGGACCUUGCAGAAGCACGCUGGCCACUCUGCAACAUGACUACAAACUGAAUUUCCAAUAUGAUGGAAAAGUCUGAUCUGGAUUAUUUCUUUUGCCAAAAUCAUCUUUAUUCCCCAAGCAGGGCCGCUAACAUAAUGAGAAAAGCUAUGUGAUAAGAGACUUACAGAAUGGCAUUCACCAACACAAAUCAAGUUGAAUGUUGUCGCAAUUUGCUUGACCAAAGCCUUUUUUAUGACAUAUUGACGUGAGGUAACUCUGGCUGCAAGUUUUUUGUCUUUCACCCACCCCCCCUCACCCUUCCCCCCCAAAAAAAAUGUUUGUAGUUGUGCUUAUUGACUGGAUUGAAGAUUUAUGCCUUCCAGAUCCCCUGUUAUAGAGAAAACUGGAGAUAGAAAAAUGAGAAAUCAUUACAACUGAUCGGCAUCAUGGGGUGAUGUUUCAAAAUACAGAUACUAACAGGUAAACAUGAUAGAUUCAGCAAUGUUGUAUACUAAAAAGAAUGCAUGUAAAGUAUAUAUCUUUAUUGAGGAAAGGCUGCAUUUUAAUGAUUACACUACCCAUUAGCCUUGGUGAAAAGCAAUCCAGUUUUUCUAAACUAAUGCUGUUGUAUCUUUCAAAUAUGAUCCAUAAUGAAAUUUCUGAUGCAGUUAAAGGGUGUUCAAA